AUGACCAGCCGAUACGAGCGGGUUCAUGCCCAAGACGAGGACGAUUCCCGCACACGAUCCAACAUAACUCCCAACUCACCACCGCCAUCCUUCCACUCACGCCAAUCCUCACGAGAACGUUCCCGCGUUGAUCCGACCCUUGCCGAUGCCUUUGAUACCGACGGCGACGACAGCGAUGACGAAGGCGACGACAGACAACGUCUAGUACGCGGCGGCAACUCGCGCGGUGCCUCCCGUCCCGAUACCCCGACCGAGAGUCCUACCGAUCAAUCGAUACCCCAGUUCCCUCCAUCCCAGCCAUCAGGUGCCUCGACUACACCUUACCGUGUGUACGGUGCCGGCACCGACAAUGGCGGUGUCUUCUCCAACCUCAUGGCGAAGCCGGAGCGAGCGACAGAGGAAAAGGAGGAAAUGCCACCGACAUAUGAACAAGCAGCACUCGACGCAGCACCACCCUACUGGGAGACGACGAUUCUCGCGCCUGGCCUCGGCGGCGCUGACGAAGUCUACAUCGACGGCAUGCCGGUCGGCUCCCUCUUCAGCUUCCUGUGGAACGCCAUGAUCUCCAUGUUCUUCCAGCUCGUUGGCUUCCUCCUUACAUAUCUCCUUCACUCGUCACACGCUUCGAAGAAUGGAUCUCUUGCCGGCCUCGGCAUCCAGAUGAUCCAGUAUGGCUUCUACCUCCGCGGCGGCCCGACUGAGGGCGAUAACGCGCCACCGAUGAAUGGAGAAGACGGAUACGCCAGUCCGCCUGACCCCAACUCGCACAACUUCAACCCGGAUGCCGUGGCAGGCGAGGCAGGCGGAAUCGGCGACAUGAGCGGAUCGGACUGGAUUUCGUAUAUCUUGAUGAUUGUUGGGUGGUUCAUCCUGAUCCGCUCCAUCUCCGAGUUCCUGCGCGCGCGGCGACACGAGCAGCUGGUGAUGCAGAGCCCGGACAGAGGCCUGCCUGUGCCGAUUAUUGCGACUGGCGAGUCCACGGAGCGGGUUGUAUGAGGGAUGGGUACAGGGCGUUUUCGGGUAGGGUUAUUAUACAUCGCAUUAUAAGAUAAUUCGCAAUCACAUGAAUGGGACACUGCACAUGUUGGCC